CAAUGAAUUCAUCCGUCGUCUGUCCAUACACCACAUUUAUACCAUCAACAUGAAGACCUCUACACAAACAUCACCAGGCCAUCUUGGUUCAGCUGGCAAAGUAAAACGCAUUGUCGGCAAGAUUCGUCGUCAUGCUCAUCCUCCUUCCGUCACCUCCAAAUCCUCUGACUCUGCUCCAUCCUCCACCCGCGCUUCCAACGCAUCAUCAAAUUGUCCUCUGCGCUGUCAUAGAAACAGCCAGAGUCGUCGUGGGUCGGCAGCAGAGGAGGAGCGCGCACGCGACGUCGAGCUCUGGAACGCAGCAUACGAUGCCCUCAAGAAGGACGCUCGAUCCAAUGGCCUCGUCCUCGCCUACGAGAACAUUAUCGGUCACGAACUGCCCGAGGCGCAUAGACCCGGCCAUCAUGGGAACCCGAAUGAGCUACCGAUGGAUGGCGAGCGACGCCUGGAGCUCAUGUCCAUGAUUGCAUCUUCAGGCUUGAACCGCGAAGUCAGCGUUACAUCCAAGUCGGAUUCGGGUGAUGACGAUGCUCGCGAGAUUCUUGUCGAGGCGAGAUCUACUGUCGCUUCGUUGGUGCCUCAACAGCCGAGCGCCGCUCUCGCCUUUGCAGGCAUCUGCUCUUUAACACCUCUCCUCCUCGACCCUCUCCUCCGCCACGAUGACCUCCGCAGCGGCUUCGUCCAUCUGAUAACCACCAUCCCACACUACAUGAGCCUCGCUCGGUGCACAUACCCCUCGUCAUGGAAAUCCUCCGAAGACUAUGAACGUCUGCAACUACAAGUCCGGCAGACGUUGUUGGAUCUGUACCGUCGCAUCCUCGAGUACGAGAUGAACAUUGUCUGCGCUGCUGCUAGCGCCUGGAAUAUGGCUGCUCGCAACGUCGUUGACUGGCAGGGGUGGCGGACUAUGGAUGAUGCUGUUAGGGAGAAGGAUGUAGAGGUGAUGGGAGAGAUGGAAAAGUAUGGGACUGACGAGGCUAGAGCGAUGAUGGAGGAGAAGAAGCCCGUGCCAGAGGGUGGAGGAAGAGGGAGUAUCUCCUCAAGUACAGAUACUGAGGAUAGGCAUUGACAAGUAUAUCUACCCUCUGGUUAAUGGCUGUUUCUUUCUCAGCGGCGUCAUCUCAGCGGUAAUCCUCCGGUUAGAUUAGACUUGUUCUAUCUUCUCGAGGCUCCUAGGUAAACAGCUGGCCUGUGAUUCACGUUGUCCGCUUUGGACAGCCUUUACAUAGCCUAACUCUAGUAAUACUUUCCUGCUAUAGGCGUUCGGAAGAUUGGAACAGGUUUCUUAAAGUCAGCAGCGGUUUUGUACAUAUGUUGUCCCAUCUGGUAGCUCUGUACGCGCGAUCCCUCUGGGUGAGAUUGUUCCUCUACCCCCUUGGCA